AGAAAAAGGGCGUGAAAAAGUAGUCCUGCGAUACGGAGAAGGGCUCCUUUCGUUUGCGAACUGUGAGGCCACAAUGUCCAGGCAGCGUCGGUAACCUGAGGCUGAAGAGGGGAUGGAACCCGAGGACGGAGAGAAAAGGAGUCCCUUCGGGAGGGCAUGGCGGAGCGGAGGGAUCUGGGGGUUGCGGGGCAGUGAGAAGGCAGUUUUGAACAGGCGGCGCGAGGAAAAAGCGGGGCGGUUGUAGGAGCGCGCGGUGUCAGCGAGUCGCUCUCGCCCGGGCCGGGGAGCUAGCGGCAGUGCGUGAAGGGUGGCUGCCGUUGCCCUUCGCCGGGGAGGGGGCAAAGAAUGGGGUGGCUGCCCCUGCUUGAUCCCCCCUCGUAAUUCCGCGGUUCUGCUCCGGGGUAACAACGGAGUAACGAACCCGGAGUAGGGCGUGCUGCGCGUCCGUGUGGGGCGGUGUAGACCCGGGGCGCUGCGCAUCACAGCCCCCGUGUGCCAAGCUGGCUGGGGUUGGUGGGAGUGCUGGUCCGCCCCAUGUGUGUCUCGUUUGUCGAGGGGGAAGCUUGUUUACUCUGAAGUAAGUACCGCGCGCGUUCAGUAGGCGGGGACCCCGGUUACACGUGCAAAAGGAAUAGAGCCCGAGGGCACCAUCCUGGGCACGUCUGGGCAGGGAAAGACCUGCAAACCCCAGGAGAGACGCUUGGGUUGUCGGACUUGGUGCCGUCUAAACCCGCAGAGCCUUGAAGCCUUGGUGAGUAAUCUUAUGCAUGCUUCGGCUCCAAAAGCGCUGCAACUCGCGGCAUUCAGCGAGUGGACCUCGUAGGAUCGGUCCCCCCGCCCCGGCUAAGGAUGCGUAGAGUUUGCGCGCUUUUUGCAUUGGAGGUUGCUGUCCCUUGCGCACUGACCGUCGCAUUGGACUUGGUGGAUGGUGCAAAUUAGUGCCCUGCAACGGCGGGGGCGGGAGGGGGUUGGACGCGAUGGCCUUCAUGGCCCUUUCCAGCUCUGCGACUCUUAAGAAAUGGCAACCAAGAGGAAUAGCUGCAAUAGCUGGAGUUGCACAACCUGCAAGGGAGUAAGCUUUUUGAGAUCAGCUCGUUUUAUCGUUGAGUAAAUAGCGCAGGCUGGACCUGCACAUGCUGCAGUGAGUUUCAGCUUGGAGGUCUGGAUUGUUAGUGCCUGCAUACUCUGCCGCCUCCCGUGAGAGAUCAAGGUAUUAUUCUCCAUCCAGAUUAGGGAUUAUCAGUCAUCCAGCUGUAAUGCGAUGCUGAGGAUGCGGGUACUGGUCUGGCUUGCCUCCGUUAGAGACCUGGCAUUAAUAGCAAUAUUUAAAAAGGUAGGGAUUGUUGCCAGAACGAGCAGUACAAAUCUGAGGGACCCCAGACUCAUACCAGUUAAGAGUCUAGAAACUAGGAGCAGAGAUCAAGCUUUAUUCUAGCGCACUAAAGAACAAAGCAGAGAACAAUGGGGGUGCGUGCCCAAAAGCAAGGUCUUGCCAGUUGUCCCCCCAAAGCAUGCAUUAUAUAUCUACAUAAGCAGCCUAGUCCUCUAAUCCACAUCUGAUACAUCUCCCCUCUGCCCUUUAGCAUUCCCUUGGCUAAGCUCUUAAACAAAUGCACAUAUUUUUAGCACUCUUUCCAGAUCAAAGUGAUUUCCGUACUCUAUGAACUUAAAAUAUUCUGUAUAACUUGCUUGGAUGGUAAAACUAUUGAAAUUUUGAAAAUUAAAGGAAUCUCAGUAAAUUAAUAAUUCUCUUUUAUUCUCUAAAAUUAUUUAAUUUUAAUAAACUAGACAUUAUAAAUUUAUGAGCACACGUUAGGUUCCUAUGUUAUAUAAUAUGUUAUGCCUGAUUACUGGGUAUGUCAGCAAAUAGUCCUUUGGAAGCAUCCUCAAUCAUCCCAGAAGUAUGAGGAGUUGAAGGCAGAGCAUGAUUGCUAUGCAGCAUCUCUUCUUAUUCAUGAAGAGUUGAUUGUGGUGGAGUUCAGGGAAAUUUGGUCUAAAAAUAAAGCUACUGCAAUUUGACUCAGCUGGGCAAGAUUCUCUUACAUUUUGGAAUGGUAAGCAAUCAUAUUUAAUUAAAGAACCUUUAAGCAAUCCCAACAUAUUAUUUAUGUAAGUAAUUUAUCUAAAUAAUUUAUGUUUUAAUUCUUCCUGAAAAUAUGCUUGAUGGAGGGGAGGUUUUCUCUUAGAAUCUUAGCUUUUAUUGUGAGACCAAAAUCAUCUCAAAUGAGCUAUGCUUUUGUGCCUUUUUGGGGACACAAAGUCACCAGCCAGCCUUACCUGUGGCAUGUGUUUAUAUAUGACUCAUAAAAGGUAGGAAGCUGAAAUUUGGAGCCAUUUUUUUCCUGUCUGUGACUGUGUUGUAAAAGAAUGAACCUGUAGGACUAUACAUGUGUAAAUCACAGUAUUCAAAUGUGCACCUGAGUGUACUACAAUCACCCCACAAUAUGGGAUGAGUUAAAAAGAAGGAAAAUGCAUUCUUUGUACAGUAGUUAAAAUUGUAAGAGUCCACAACUUUUUGUGUUAUUUCAGUUAUUGUGGAUAUCCACAGUCAUUGUCCACUGUGGAUUAUGGAUCCUUCUUCCCAUGAAUCUUUAUUUUUAUCUGCUUUCCUCCAUAUCUCAUCCUUCUAAAACAGGAGGUUGAACUGCUUUCAACCUGAGGGCCAGCUUCUAUUUUGGAAGAGUUUGGGGUGGGGGGGGGCUGCAUUUCAGCUGUGACCUUGUUAUGAGCUUGGCUGUACAGUGUUAUGCAGUAUCAUGGCAUGUUAACUGACAGGUUGCUUUUCUUUUAAAAGCAGAACAGCUCUAUGUUGUCUUACCGUCGGCAUUUGGGACUGGUGGCAGAAUUGCUGUUCCUAACGAGGGAAUGAUUCGUAUCCUAAUUAAUCAAAAGCAGCAAAGAGAUUCCCAAUGGAAAACCAGAGUAAUAAGAAAAUACUUUCUGAAUGUCCAGAUGUGCAAUGCAACUUCUAUUUGGGGCAUGGAAAUGACAUCACCUGUGCAAUGGAGGAGGAUGGUUGCUCUGGAAGCUGCUCAUCUAGUGCCCUGACACCAAACACAUCAGCAAAUGCUCUCUUGUUCUCAAAGAUGCUGAGCAGUUCAGGAAGCGCUCUGAUAAGGGAUCAGCCCACCAUCAUGCGGAAUGCAAAUUCUCUGACUCCUUCCAAGAGCGUAUUGGAAGCAGAACCGAUCUGUGAAAGAACCACUGACAAAGCUAUGGUUUCAGAGGAAUCCAAGAACUUGUUAAAAAAAUUUAGGCGGCGAUCUACGAUAGGAUUGCGGGGCUCUCCAGAAAACAAUUCUCUUAUCCGACACAUGGCUUUGCAAAAGAGAAUAAACAAGCAAGAUACACUCACACAGACCAGUCCUUUUAACCAGAGGAGCACAUUUCUGAAGGAUAAAAUAGCUGCUUUCCAAUCAUCCUUUAAGCCACUUGAAGAAACUGAGGAAAAAGCAACCCAUGUAUCCAACUCCGCUAAUGAAGCUUAUACCAGAGUACAUGAACAAUCUAAGCUGGACUAUGUGUGGCCAUCCAAGCAUAAGAGGGGUGUUUCUGAGGAAAGCCUGGAUCCUAAAUCCAUCACUGGAGAGAGACCAUUGGCUGAUAUCCCGCUGCAGAACGUUGUCCCUCCAUCGAAUAAACUUUUUAUUGGUUCAGUUGCUGUUUCUAAGGCAGAUCCAGCUUUUCUAGCAAGGGCUGUAGAAUCUGGAUAUACGCCUUUGGACAUGACUCCAAGUAGGAACAUAUCAAAGGCUGAACAUGGUAUACGAUUUUCACAUACCAUUGUUGCAGAGUUAAGCAUCGACACUACAGCUCAACACAGCUGUAAGAAAGUUAGAUUUGCAGAAAAGCAGAGGUUAGAAAUAUUUGAUGAAACCAAGCCACCCUUUACUCCUGUGCAGAAGGGUGGCUUGCCUUCUAGUUCUCUUCGUUCUGUUUUGAAGAAAACACCAGUAAAGUCAGCAGAAUGUAUGAAGGCGGAUCUCGAUGAUACAAGAAUAGCAGAAGAAAGAGCAGCACUUUCUGACCUCAAAAGCUGUGGGACUUUACAACAAGAUAACAUUCUAGAAGGACUUACUGGACCGGUCGCUGAGGUGAAUGCAUGCAACAAAGAUCUAGACUGGGAUGUGUCCGUAACUGUGGAAGCUCCAUUAUGCAGACAAAAGAAAGCUCCACUGAGUCCCUUGGAAUCAAGAGAGACAAGAUCUCCCAAUGCAAUUUCUCUCAUGGAAUCGUUUUCCCAACCAAACUUCGACCAUAGCAAUGUCAGUGACCUCCUUCAAGAGUCAUCAGAGGUUGUGACCACUACUGAACAUUCCGUGAACUCUGAUCUGGAAGAAACAAAAGGCAGUUCUCCUGACCUCCAGGUUGUGGCUGUGAGAACAACUCGGUCCUCUGCAAGAAGCAAGAGUGUCAGCAAAGGCAAAGAUUCUAGCCUACCAACUGAACUGCGAGCUAAGAAUUCCAAACGGGUAUAUGGCCGAUUGCAGAAAGCCAAAGAAGCAGCAAAACCUUCCAAAAAGACACCAGCUGCCAAAUACAAGGCUUUUGGAAAGAGAGGAAGAAGGAAAAAGGAGCAAAAAGCACUCUAUGGGCAGCGAGAGCGAGCGUCAAAGAAACCUCUCUUGAGUCCAAUUUCAGAGAGGACAGAAGAGCUCUCCUUUAUGUCAUCUUAUCAAAAUACACCACAACCACAAACAUCCAUUCUGGAUGAUUCCAGCUCAGGUGUCCUGAAUACCAAACCUACACCUGAAACUGUGGAAAGCAACAACAUAUUGCAUAGGAGUGAAGAGAGCGGUAGCUGCCUGCAUUCCAGCCUGGAUCCUCUUCAGGAAGAUGACACGUCAAGCUCAUCCUCACAGCUUCAAGAGGAUGCUGCCUAUGAAGUGAAAAAGAUGCUUCUCUGGGACUCAGCGGAAAAGAACUCUCCUGCGAAAAUGAAGAACACCUUACAUGAAAAUGAGCAAUUGCCAAGCAAUGACUAUUCUUCAAGUGAAACUGAGGUGCAGAUGGUUCCCAGCCUACCAAACCUGCACAGAUCUGGUAAAAAUAACAACUCUAAAGGAGAGUCCUCCUUCAAAGUUAAUUCUGCAGUGGAGCUAAGGAAUGAAAGCGCUGGUGUAAGCUGUAAAAGGUUCCCAAGGAGGAGCCAAAGACUCACCUGCUACCUUCCCAGUGAUGGGGGCUGUCAGUCUGAAAUGCCUGGAAACUGUGUUCUUGAAAGUAAUAUGGAAGAACUUCCUGUUAUGCCUCAAACAGACACUGAUUCUGAACUCUUGAAUAGUUUGCAGUGCUCCAUAGAAGACUCAUUCGAGGGCGUAUCCAGAAGGGUGAGACGCAGCACGAGGAGGCUUAAAGAUGCAGGAAAUGAGGGGCUUGCCUGGAUCCAGCUACCUGCGAAUAAUUCUGUAAGCCAGUCUCCCUUGGGUUAUGCCUGCAAAGCCCAGGAAUGGAGGUCUUCCUCUAGUCCACAGGAAUCAGAGCUGCUUUAUCAGAAGAGUGUAAAUGGGGUCCAGAUGCUAUUGGCAACCAAGGAAGAGCAGGAAAACAUAAUUGGCCCUUAUAAAUCAAGGAGGCAAAGGAAGAGCAUGUCUGCUUUGAGCCUUGAAGAAAAUAAAAGGGGCUUGCAUGUGCGGAAGAACAGAAGAGCAAGCCUUGUGUACAAAAGCGAUCACGCCCAUCAAAAGGAUUCUGAAAUAAGAAAGUUCCUGGAAAAUCACCCCGUGGUUUAAUUUAGAUUGGCAAUUGAAAGGGGUACCUUAAAGGGCUUCCCUUCAGCUUCGCAAGCUGCAAUUGUUAAACUUCAUUAAUAUAUGAUUCUCUAUAGCUUUUAGGUUGGGGGUGGGGAAUCCAUGUGCUUACAUAAACUAUGUGUUUGGAGAGAGAACUUCAGGCAAGCAGUGGGUAGACUAAAGACAAAAACAGGAAUGCAAAAGAAAAGAAAUACAGGAAUGGAAAUGAAGUAGGUGCUGCUUGAAAGUAAUGCAAACAUUUGAUUUGUGUUUGUGCAGAACUGGCAAGCCCUGCCCACUGAAGCUUAGCUGGCUUCUGAAAUGCCCUAAUUUCUGAGCAUUGCCAGAAAACUGCCAUUCCUAGUAAGUAAUAGUAAGGAAAAGAUGUCAAGGGAGUCCAAGCCACUCUAGUUUCUUGAUGACAUUUAUAGCACAACCCAAGGCAGUCAGACUGUGUCCCACUGUGUUUAAUGGAACAUGUUCUGAAGUAAUAGUGUAGGUAGGAUUCCAGCCCUGAGAAGUGUUGGAAAUAGUAGCCAGCAAGUUGCAUAAUGCUGUUUGCAUAUUUAACAUGAAGAAAACGCUGUAAGCUACUCUUGUUUUAGGCAAAGUAUUACAGAAAUAGAAUCCCAUCCCAUCUCCCUAAGCUGUAUUUUGGUCUUCUCAAAAGGUGAAACAUUGUAGCCUUCAAAUACUGGGAAUACUGCUUAUGUCCAGAAUUCUAAAAACACAAGUUAUUGCGUUUUUGCAGGAUAAAAUUGUAGGGUAUGCAUGUAUUUGUCCUGCAUCCAGAUAACUGCCUGGGUAUUCCUGCAGCAGCUUUAAAGAAAACUCAGGGCUCUGCAUAUCAUUUAACUGUUGAAAUGUGUGAUGUCUUUUUCAAAAUGUAAUGCUGACUGUACUUUAUUCUCUGUUGCGUUUGGGAAGUUUUAAAGCAGUGUCCACUGCUAAAUUAGCUUAUCACAUAUCUUUCUUAACUGAAAGCGUAAGAGCUGACAGCUCAUUUCAAACUACAAUUUCUAAAAUGUUCUGUCAGGAACUAUAUCCUAUGUGUAUCAGAAGAGGGCAGUAUGGCCUGAUUUGCAAAGGAGUUGCUUGUUUUAAGGUCACAUUUUUUCUGAAAAACACUUGUGUGUCAGUCAUGCAGAAAAUGUUUUGCUUUGUUUUUAAGAAAACACCCUCUUCGGCCCCAGUCCAUUUGAGUUUGUCUUUGCUUCAGUUCUGUUGAAAAUAAGGCUUAUUAGUGAGAAGAAAAUGAAUUUUACCUCGAUUGGACACAUUUAACCUUAUUCAGCGAAACUCGAGCCUUUCGAGGGCCCUUUGCUUAGAGUGGGAGAUACUUUUCCACCGACAUGAUGGGCGUUUAAAAAUUGUGCCCUUGGUGGAACUGUACCCUGGCUGAUCUAAGCAGUGAUGCUUCACAAUGGCAAAACCUGCCAUCAGUUUAUUGGUUGAAACAGCACUCAAGGAAACAGGUGAGGGAUUUGAAAGAAAUUAAUGUGUCAUAUAGCCGUUAUACUGGGUGAGACUGGUGCGGCAUUGCUGCGCAUUAUGUCGUCACAACGACCUGUCCGAGCACCUGUUCCCGCAUCGUGUACAGAAGCCUCUGCAGGAGCCCUGUAAAGGUUUUCCAGCAAUACCAUGCAAGGUUAUUUCUAGGUGGGGAAUUUUAUUCAGAAAUCGGAGCCACAUGGCAGCGUGUUUCAGAUUGUUUGCUGAGCUCAGAUGAGCAAGGGUUUGCACAGAACUUCCAGCAUUUUAAGGAUUCUUCACUCUGUUGUGAAGACUUCACCAGCUCCUCCCACGAUACGCCUGUCCCGAGACAGGAGUGGCAGUUCCUUUGCAUAUAAUGCAUUGUAUUGUUUAUAUGAAAAACAGUGACUCUUCUUUUGGUAAAGGGUCAGAAGGAACUGGUCUUUCUAUUUAAGAGAAAAUUAAGUGUAAUCAGUGAUAACUGCAAUAUUUUCCCACAAUGUUUUCUGUUUUAUUUCCAUGCCAGGUAUGGUUAUAAAAGACUGGAACCCCAAUCUUGUCCCCACUGUUAAUUGUAGUAGCAUAAGUUACAGUAUGUAUAUUAUAUUACAGCUUUCCCCAACUUGGUGCUCCGCAGACUUCUUGAAUUACUCCUAUCAGCCUCAGUCAGCAUGGUCUAUGCUUGGAAUGCUAGUAGUUUGGAAUGCUGUAGAAAUUGUAGUGGAAGGCACCAGGUUGGGAAGAUUGCUCUGCAAAGUAAGUAGAGGCAGAGUUACCCUUGGAUGUAAAGAAAGGAUGCAACUUCUCUUUUACUCCCUUAGGAUGAGGGCUCUGGCACAAUCCUACACAGUGUCAUGGAACUUCAUCUGCACUCCCUCCUAGUCUCUUCCACCUCCAGUCAAAAUCCUUACCUCUGCACCAGUCAAGUGCACUGUCCUCCCAGUAACGGUGGCAGUGGUGCCCGGGGUUCUGCUUCAGAGAGUUCAGUAUGUCGGGGGCAAAGUAAUGAGGUAUUUUGCUUUGUACCAGUAUUGCAAUGUCUGAGCCCAAUUCAUUGAAUUUGUCACCUUUAUACAGUAGAACAUAGAACCGUUCUGUAAACCGCAUUGCCUUUCCUUGACUUUAGCCUCAUGGGACCACCUCCUCUUUCAAGCUCCACUGGAGAAAUGCCGCAUCAAAUGCCCCUCUGUAAGUGAGUAAUCAGCUGUGGUAGGCAUAGAAGCCCCGUCUCAAGCAGCAGCCCAGGGACUUGUUCAUCUAGAGAAACUCACUAAUGUUGCUUUUAAAAUGCAGCGUAAGUUGCUUAUUUUUUAAAGCCCCCAGAGCAAUCUUUGCAGCCCCAGUUUCAAGUUUUCCAGUUCAGGACAGUGUGAAGUGAUUUUUGGGGGUGGGGUGUGUGUGUGGUAAUUUCUGUACAUGUAAAUUGUGUGUGCUAAAUGGAAGCUUUAUUGUCUCAGUAUUUUUAUAAGCUAUCUAGAGCAUUUUAUUGGCACCAUGGGAUGAGAA